UUAACAGACACCACAGAGAGACAAAAGGAGAUAGAGACAGAUAAAGGUAAAGAAAGGUUUGAAAGAGAGGGCUAGAGAAAGAAAAAUUGAUAAAGAGAUACGGAUACACUGUAAAGGCAAGUAAUUGGCGCUCUCCUUAAAGACCAGAAAGACAAGUCUUCUCCUGACUGACUUCAAAGGAAACGAUUUGUAAAGAAGAAAACACUGCCAGCAUCUCUUAUAGAUAUACCGGACAUACCGAGGCUCCAGCAGUCAUGUGCUCAGCAGACACACUCAUCCAGGCUUCUCUGCCCACUGAACAGACACCUCUGCCAGAAGCUGUGGACACACAAGACACCAUCAAAGAGUUUUUGUCUGAUCGAAUCCUGAAAGCCACCAGGGUUGUGUACAGCACGCUGAUGGAGCGUAAUCCAGGCCUGAUAAGGGACAGAAAACACCACCUUAAGACCUAUAGGCAGUGCUGCAGUGGAAAGGAGCUUGUUGAUUGGCUGAUGAAACUGAAUGACUGUUUUCAGUCCCGGAGUCAGGCAAUCGGGAUGUGGCAGGUUUUGGUGGAUGAGGGCAUUCUGGUUCACGUGAAACAGGAGUUAAACUUCCAUGACAAAGACACACAAUUUUACCGCUUUAUGGAGGCAGAAUUUGACCUUAACCACACAACAAAUGAGAAAGACUCCAAAGAAGACGAGCUCCAAGAGAGUCUAUCGCUGCUUAUCCAGAUGGGCCCAGAUGCUCUUCUGACUAUGAUACUGAGAAAAUGUCCAAACCAGCGGACUCCAGAGGAUCUUGAAGUUAUUUACGAAGAGCUUCUGCACGUCAAAGCUGUGGCCCACUUGUCUACAUCUGUUCGGAAGGAAUUGGCUGCAGUGCUGGUUUUUGAAAGCCAUGCUGAGGCGGGAACCGUCUUGUUUAGUCAAGGGGACAAGGGGACUUCAUGGUAUAUCAUCUGGAGGGGUUCUGUUAAUGUCAUCACACACGGCAAGGGCUUGGUGACCACGCUUCAUGAAGGAGAUGACUUUGGGCAGCUGGCCCUAGUGAAUGACGCCCCUCGAGCGGCCACAAUCAUCCUAAGAGAGGACAACUGCCAUUUCCUGCGGGUGGACAAGCAGGACUUCAUACAUAUCCUUAAGGAUGUGGAGGCCAACACCGUCCGUUUGGAGGAACAUGGUAAAGUCGUUCUGGUUCUUGAGAAGUGUUCAGCGCAGGAGUCCAACUGUCAGGGAGGAUCAGCAAGCAACAACAAGUAUACAGUAAUAUCAGGAACACCAGAGAAGAUACUAGAACACAUGCUGGAGACAAUUAAAUUGGAAACCAAUGGCACUGAUUUUGUAGAUCCCAGUGUGAGUGACUUUCUCUUAACACAUCCUGUCUUCAUGCCCUACAGUCAGUUCUGUGCGGCCCUCCAGCAUCAUUAUCUAGCGGAGCCAUCAGAAGGCUCAGAUCUGGAGAAGGCAGCAUACGCUCUCAACACCAAACAGAAGAUUGUGAAGCUGGUGGGUCAUUGGGUGGCUCUGUAUGGUCUGCUACUGAGGGAUGACCCUGUGGCCUCAGAAUUCCUGGAGAAAUUCAGGGAGGGGGUGAUGGCUGAUUCAAGGCUAUCCAGCAUGCUCAGAGAACAGCUGAGGGACAAGAGAAAGACCAAAAUAACUGAGAAUGGAUGCCACACUCUGAUGAAGUUGAACCAAAAAUUUGAUUGGUUUUCCACUCACGAAGAGCCUGUGGGGAAACUGCUACCAAUCAGAGCUCAAGACAAAGUCUUGUAUGAGAUCUUUAAACCGGACCAUACGGCUGUAACUGUAAUGCUGCCAGUCGAUGCCUCAGUGAAGGACAUCUUGUCUACAUUAGUGGACCCGGAGAAAAACUAUGUGCUUAUCAAGAUAAAUUCCUCAGGAGACAGGGUCCAGCUCAAGUUGGAAGCCACAGCGGUGUCUGCCUCUUUAGGAGUAAACGAGAGGCUUUUUCUCUGUUCUGCCAGUCAAGUGGAACAACUGACCCCCCUGAAAGAGCAGCUCGGCCCAGAGAAGAACACCAUGGACACACUGGAGCAGAUGGGCUUCAAAGACAUCGCCAGCCAGCUGACCAGCUACGACUGGGAGCUCUUCACGGCCAUGCAUGAGGUGGAGCUGGUCUACUAUGUUUUCGGACAGGAAAAAUUCCCAGGUGCCACCCCAGCUAACCUUGAGCGCUUUGUUCGCCGCUUCAACGAGGUGCAGUACUGGGUGGUCACUGAACUGUGUCUGUGUGAAGACCUGGUCAAGAGAGCCGUACUACUGAAGAAGUUCAUCAAGAUGGCCAUUGUUUUGAAAGAGCAGAAGAACUUGAACUCUUUUUUUGCUGUGAUGUUCGGGCUCAGUAACACUGCCGUUCAGAGACUUAAUAAAACAUGGGAGAGGCUACCAAACAAAACCAAAAGGAUCUACUGCGCAUAUGAAAGAUUAAUGGAUCCAUCCCGUAAUCACAGAGCCUACAGGCUGAUUGUAGCCAAACUCAGCCCUCCUUAUAUUCCCUUCAUGCCUCUACUACUUAAAGAUAUGACAUUUAUACAUGAGGGAAACAAAAACUACACUGAUAAAUUGGUCAACUUUGAGAAAAUGCGCAUGAUUGCCAGGACACUGAAGACAGUUCAAGAGUGCCGAAGUCAACCUUACGUACCUUCAUCGCCACAAAAAGGUUUGACAGAGCGAAUGUUCUUGGAUGCCCAAGCCAUCCGAGUAUCAACAAAUUCAGAUCAGUCUCUGACCCUCUGCAGUGCCAUCAAUGUCAGACAGUACAUUCAGAAUCUUAAAGUGAUUGACAAUCAGAAGAGACUUACUCAGUUAUCCAGAACUAUAGAGCACUGAGAAACCAUCAGACUGCCUUUCCUCACUCCAUAUUGGAGAAAAUAUCUCAUCCAUUCAUUUUAAUGUGGCGGAUGAAAUCCAUGAUCACCCUAUGUGUGGUUAAUUGGUGUAACGCUUUGUCACUCAGUGCUACAUGGACUAUACUUAGCCCAAGCAUUGGCUGGGAAUAAAAAAUUGUGUGGUGACCAUUUCCUUUGGUGCCUUGUCAUAAAUGUUCUGAUUUAACUGCUUGGCCCCCUUUGGGCUGUAUCUGAAAUACAUACUACACCACGGUCAAUUAACUUCACUUUAGUGGCACUGCUGGCAUUCACUGUUAUUUAUAAAAUGUGUAACAGUAUUCUGGCCUGUACAGAAUGUGAGCAAGCACUGGAGAACAACAGUGUACAGAUUAUUACUAGCUGCUGUAUAUACUAAGUCAAAUACGACAAUGAUAAACCAAUUAAAUACAAUGACAAUAGCACAAUCAGAUUUUUAGACAAUAUAAUUAUAGAAAUAUAUAUCUUAUGCACGUUUAUUGA